AUGAACAUUGGAAAAAAAUUUGUUGAAUGCUGCAAAGCAGAUGACAAUAAAUCUGAGGCUAUUGUCGCAAUUGAACUUUUAAUAAAUCUUAUUAAGUGUAGCGAUGUUCUCACGGUCCGGGGUCUUGACGAUAUGAUCAACGAUGCUGUCAAGCAGAUGCGUCAAACAGAUAAGAGCAAUUCGUCAGUUAAAUCCGCAUGUGAACUGUUUAAACGUUUUAUUACACUUGCGGUUUUGGAUACUGUGGGUGAUUUUGAUGGGUGCAAGAAAGUGAUCUUGGAACGUGCUGAUGUUUUCCUGAAAAAGAUCUCUGGAUAUCGGCAGCUAAUCGCUAAAAACGCAAGCCUUCUCUUCCCUGACAACGCCCGAAUACUAAUCAACUCAAAAUCUCGUGUUGUUAUCGACGCCUUGGCGUAUCUGGUGAAUUCUUCACCCAACCGUCGACAAAUACACUGCUAUGUGACCAAAUCCAUGCCAAGUGCAUCUGGUAUACAAAUGGUUAAUGAGUUGCUCAAGCGCGGCGUCUCUAGCACCCUUAUCCCAGACACCGCCAUCGCUUACUUAAUGCCGCAAGUGGACGCUGUUGUAGUGGGGGCCGAGGCUGUUGUUGAAAGCGGAGGUGUCCUGAAUGCUCUUGGCUCUUGCACAAUGGCCAUGAUUGCCCAUAGUCUCGGGAAACCUGUCUACGUAUUGGUGGAGUCGUUCAAAUUUCUCCGAGUCUAUCCGCUCGACCAGCGCCACAUACCUGACGACCUAAAAUGGAGAGCCUCCAAAUUACGCGAGAUCUCUCGCGUAUCCAUUGGAGAAUGUCCCCAAGAGCCGACGGAACCACACGCUUCCGAUCCAUUUGAAGAAAUGAAUGAUGCUUGGCACAAGGUGGAAAGCCAAAGAGUUUCUAUAAUUGAAAAGGAUAUACCAUUCAUUGAUUACACAAGCCACAAGGCGGCUCACCCGGACUCAUUCAGUGAUAAAUUCGAUCCAAAUUACACACACUCUGAGCUUAUUUGGAACAAAGCUGCUGCACGUGGCAGGAAAGUGAAGCUUUAUCACUUUCCCUUCUGCUCAAACCAAAGCCUAAUUGGAGGGGCGAAUUCACCUCAAUUCGAAUGCCUCCAAAUGUCAGUUGAGGCGCACCCGGCUCUCACGGAGACAUUAGAUGCAAUCUACUACGGAGAAAUAGAUCGUGCUGCUCAUAUCUACGGUCCAUCUUCUGACAAGUUUAGAAAGUAUGCGGGGAUCACUGAAGUGAGUGAAGCUGUCUCCAAAGUCGUUAAUUCCCUGAAGCUGCGGUCGGACUUGGCGGGCGUGAAUUUUGUCGUUGUUGCUGAUCACGGAAUGACUGAUUUCAAGAAAUCCCUUAUGUUGGAUCGUGCCUUCAAAUGGAACUUCAUCACCAAUGCCGUGAAUCUCGGUACCGCAGUCGCCCUAUGGCCCAAUCAUGAGUUUCAAGAGGAGUUAACCUCUGCCCUAACCAAUGAAAGCCAUUUCCGAGUGUACACCUCGCAAAACCUCCCUGUAACAUCGUGGGGUCCACUAACCUCAAAUCUGCCUCCUAUUCUGCUGGUUGCAGAAGCCGGCUACGUAUUCCACUCGAAUCUCUAUAGCCUCGUCAGUCUAGACCACUUCUUCGCGCAAAAGAAUUUGCCGGAACCGCGAGGCGUUCACGGCUAUCCACCAGAUGUAGACGACAUGCACACUGCGUUCUACGGCUAUGGACCCGCCUUCAAGUACGGAUGUGGCAAGUCCAUUUCUGCUGAGGAAUACCCCUUCACCUAUGAUCUCUUCCCGAUACUCAGUGACGUGCUUUUUGGACCCACCGAAGGCAUAUCGAGGAUGGAUGGCGCAUUCGACUGGGGUACCCGCUGGGAACCAUACAUAUUAUUCGUAGUUAUUUUCUGCAUUUUCUCAGUUGUCUUGCUUCUUGCAAUCACUUUUAUACGCCUAUCUCAAAUUAGCAAAAAGAUUGCACGUGGGACCUCCGACCGCCAUGAUCUCAUCGACACCGAUUACGACGAGAAGGUCUGA